AUGAAACAGUGUGCAUACGCAGGUCUGUCCGAGGAGGACCCUAGAGGGCAUUCCCCCGCGGGGGCUUGCGCCCCGUGGGCAGGCCCGCGCUCUCGGGCUUCGGGGACCUUGACGCGCCUCUUGCGGCAGCCUCCGACCUCUCCGGACCGCGGCGCCCGAAAAGCUGCCGGCGGCGCCUUGGGGGCGUCUCCUGUGAGAGCAGUGGGAGCCGGGCCCUCGUGUGAGCAUUUCAAUAUCCGACUUUAUGUGUCCAAGCCGUUGCCCCGGAGACACUGCACCCAGGAAGCAGCUGUGCCACGGCAGAUCAAAAAGAAGGCCGCGCCAAGCAGGCCCCAGGGCGGUGGACGUGUACUUGAGGCCUGCGGUGUAUCCGGGGCUGUGAGGGGCUUAGGGCACUGUAAGGUGAAUAGCAUGGCACUUCAAAAAACAUAUCAGAAGAUACUCCGGGAAAAAGAAAGUGCUUUAGAAGCAAAAUACCAAGCGAUGGAGAGAGCAGCGACAUUUGAACAUGACAGAGACAAAGUCAAAAGGCAGUUCAAGAUUUUCAGAGAGACCAAAGAAAAUGAAAUUCAGGACUUGCUGAGGGCCAAGCGAGAACUGGAGAGCAAACUUCAGAGGCUACAGGCUCAGGGUAUCCAGGUGUUUGAUCCAGGGGAGUCUGAUUCGGAUGACAACUGUACAGAUGUUACUGCUGCCGGAACUCAGUGUGAAUAUUGGACUGGCGGAGCCUUGGGAAGUGAGCCUUCCAUAGGGAGUAUGAUCCAGCUUCAGCAGUCUUUCAGAGGCCCCGAGUUUGCCCAUAGUUCUAUAGAUGUGGAAGGACCCUUUGCAAAUGUCAACAGAGAUGACUGGGAUGUUGCUGUGGCUAGUUUACUGCAUGUUACUCCCUUGUUUUCACAUUCUCUAUGGAGUAACACUGUCAGAUGUUACCUCAUUUAUACAGAUGAAACCCAGCCUGAAAUGGAUCUUUUCCUUAAGGACUAUUCACCUAAGCUUAAAAGAAUGUGUGAGACAAUGGGAUAUUUUUUCCAUGCUGUUUAUUUUCCAAUAGAUGUUGAAAAUAAUUACCUUACUCUAAGAAAAUGGGAAAUUGAGAAGAGUUCUUUAGUUAUUUUAUUCAUUUACUUAACUUUACCAAGCCUACUACUGGAAGACUGUGAAGAAGCUUUUCUGGAAAACCCUGAAGGAAAGCCACGACUGAUCUAUCAUCGUUUGGAGGACGGGAAAGUCAGUUCUGACGCUGUCCAGCAACUGAUUGACCAAGUUUCUAACCUAAGCAAGACCAACAAAGCCAAGAUCGUCAGUCACUCAGGAGAUCCUGCAGAAGGAGUAUAUAAAGCAUAUGUGUGUGUGGAAAAGAUUAUUAAGCAGGACAUACUGGGCCUUGAGAACACAGACCUGGAGACAAAGGAUCUGGGCAGCGAAGAUUCCAUUCCAGAAGAAGAGGAUUUCGGUGAUGUUCUGUGGGACAUACGUGAUGAACAAGAGCAAAUGGAAACUUUUCAUCAGUCUUGUAAUUCAGCUCAUGAGUUGGGAUUUGAGAAAUAUUACCAACGCCUUGAUGAUCUGGUGGCAGCUCCAGCACCGAUUCCACCCCUUCUGGUAUCUGGGGGACCGGGCUCUGGAAAGUCUCUUCUUUUAUCAAAGUGGAUUCAAUUGCAACAGAAGAAUUCCCCUAACACACUGAUUCUUUCUCAUUUUGUGGGAAGGCCUCUGUCAACCAGCUCAGAGUCUUCUUUGAUUAUCAAGCGACUAGCUCUAAAGUUGAUGCAGCACUCCUGGGCGGUGUCUACUCUGACACUGGAUCCUGCCAAGCUUCUGGAGGAAUUCCCACGGUGGCUGGAAAAGCUGUCUGCUCGUCAUCAGGGCAGCAUCAUCAUCAUCAUUGACUCUAUAGAUCAAGUUCAGCAAGUUGAAAAACACAUGAAAUGGCUGAUAGAUCCACUGCCAGUGAAUGUAAGAGUAAUUGUUUCUGUGAAUGUAGAAACAUGCCCUCCAGCAUGGAGGUUGUGGCCUACACUUCAUCUUGAUCCUUUAAAUCCGAAAGAUGCAAAGUCUGUCAUCAUUGCAGAGUGCCACUCUGUAGACAUUAAACUGAGUAAAGAGCAGGAGAAGAAGAUAGAGCGGCACUGUCGUUCUGCUAUAACCUGCAAUGCUCUGUAUGUCACCCUUUUCGGCAAACUGAUGACACAUGCUGGGAGAGCAGGCAAUUUAGAUAAAAUCCUUCACCAGUGUUUGCAGUGUCAAGAUACUGUGGCAUUAUAUAGACUUGUUCUGCACUCUGUCCAGGAGUCCAUGGCAGAUGAAGUGGAUAAAGAACUAAUGAAACAGAUCCUCUGCCUCGUCAACGUCAGUCACAAUGGUGUGAGUGAGUCAGAACUGAUGGAACUCUAUCCUGAGCUGUCCUGGGCUGUCUUGACCUCCCUCAUUCACAGUUUACACAAAAUGUGCUUGUUGACCUACGGUUGUGGCUUGCUCAGGUUUCAGCAUCUACAGGCUUGGGAAGCAGUAAGACUAGAGUACAUGGAGGGUCCCACUGUUGUGUCUUUGCACAGGCAAAAGCUGAUCGACUACUUCACCGUGCAGCUGAGCCUUUUUGAGGCAGUCUCCUCGUCAGAAGACACAACUGGGCGCUAUCGCCGCUCAUUUCCUGGGCUGCGCGGAGUGGGCUGGAGAAGCGCGGAUGAGCUCCCUUGGCUCCUUCGGCAGCAGGGAAGUGCGCAGAAGCUGCACAGCUGCCUUCUUAACCUCUUCGUGUCUCACAACCUCUAUAAAAGAGGACACUUUGCUGAGUUGCUGAGUUACUGGCAGUUUGUUGGCAAAGACAAAAGUGCCAUGGCAGCAGAAUAUUUUGAUUCAUUGAAGCAGUAUGAGAAGAAUUGUGAAGGGGAGGAGAGCCUGAUCUGCUUAGCUGACCUCUACGAAACCCUGGGGCGAUUUCUGAAGGAUCUAGGCCUUCUCAGUCAGGCUGUGGUGCCUUUGCAGAGGUCCCUAGAAAUUCGGGAAACAGCUUUAGAUCCAGAUCACCCAAGAGUAGCUCAGUCCCUCCACCAACUCGCAAGUGUGUAUGUGCAGUGGAAGAAGUUUGACAACGCAGAACAACUGUAUAAGCAGGCAUUGGAAAUCUCAGAGAAUGCUUAUGGUGCAGAACAUCCACAUACUGCUCGUGAACUUGAAGCACUUGCAACUUUGUACCAGAAACAAAAUAAGUAUGAACAAGCUGAACAUUUCAGGAAAAAAUAUUUUAAAAUUUGUCAGAAAGCUACAAGGAGAAAAGGCCACUUGUAUGGAUUUGCCCUUUUACGCCGCCGGGCCCUGCAGUUAGAAGAACUGACAUUAGGAAAAGACACACCUGAUAAUGCUCGGACCCUCAAUGAGCUGGGCGUUCUCUACUAUCUUCAGAAUAACCUGGAAACGGCUGGCCAGGUUCUGAAGCGGUCCUUAGAAAUGAGGGAGCGAGUUCUAGGCCCAGAUCACCCCGACUGCGCCCAGUCUUUGAAUAACCUGGCAGCGCUGUGCCAUGAAAAGAAACAGUAUGACAAGGCGGAAGAGCUGUAUGAAAGAGCCUUAGACAUUCGGAGACGUGCACUGGCUCCGGACCACCCCUCGCUGGCAUACACGGUGAAGCAUCUUGCGAUCUUAUAUAAGAAAACGGGGAAACUUGAUAAAGCUGUACCUUUGUAUGAAUUGGCUGUUGAAAUUCGACAGAAAUCCUUCGGCCCAAAACACCCUAGUGUAGCUACUGCUUUGGUAAACUUGGCUGUUCUUCAUAGCCAAAUGAGAAAACACGCUGAAGCCUUGCCGUUAUAUGAAAGGGCAUUAAAGAUCUACGAAGACAGCCUGGGUCAGAUGCAUCCUCGAGUUGGAGAAACAUUAAAAAACUUAGCUGUGCUCAGCUAUGAAGAAGGGGAUUUCGAAAAAGCUGCCGAACUAUACAAAAGGGCAAUGGAAAUAAAAGACGCAGAAACAUCACUCUUGGGCGGAAAAGCUCCCUCACGACAUUCGUCAAGCGGAGACACAUUUAGUUUAAAAACAGGUCAUUCUCCUAAUGUUUUCCUGCAUCAAGGAAAGUCUUCCUCAUAGCAGCAGUCACAGUUCUUUGCCAGUGUACCUUAGGAUGAAGUCACUAAACGUUUGGAACAUUCGAAUUUGACACAAGUUUUUAAGACAUUUUUUACUACUUUGUGAUUUCUCUUACAUUUUGUAUGAAACUGUAUAAUACAGCUCAGACUAUGCUAAGUUUGCGCUGUGAUUGUGCCUGUUUUAGUUGUUCAAAAGAAUUUUCCUAUUUUACUGGUUCCAAGAAUGUAGGCACGUUAGAAUCUUCAGAUGACAUGAGGAACAGAUGGUCUCUGUUCAGCAAGAGCUGGCGGAGCAGUUGCGACAAGGCACUCGAGAAGUCCAUGGUUCUUUUGAGCUGCCAAGAGCGGACUUGGCCUCUCCAUUCCCCGUCUUGCUUGGCAGCAGUAGUCUGGCCCACCUCUCUACCUCAGAGGAAAGUUUCAAGGACUAAAGGGAUGUUGAUGAAAGAUUUGAACUGUCAGUAAAACAAUCUAGUCACAAGAAUCCCUGACGGCUACAUUUUAAAAAAUUCUUUUUUAUUCUCCCAUUUCCUUGAGCAAAUUGGGCCAGGUCCUUCUGUGCCGUCUACAUUGUAUGUUCUUAUUGUGUAGUAUUUACCUGCAUGACAUCUGAAGCCAUGAAUACAGUAACAGGUCAAGCUUUUCAGCAUUCUUUGACCUUCCCCAAAAUACUGAUUUGACAAUCUAUCUUUUCAUACAUGUCCUAAAUCUGUCUUCAUUUACCUCAGUCUGUUCUCUUUAUACUGAAAUUAAAUAUUUUUCAUGGGUUUUGUAAAUUUUGCUAUAUUAUGUAUGUCUUGUACAUUAUAUAUUUACAUAUAAUAAAAUCAUUUUUAACACUUGUAA